CUUGGAAGCCAGAUUUUUACCCCUUUGCUUGUGAGUAAGCAUGGCAGCUGCCAUGAAGGGCCAAGUGUGCGUGGUGACUGGUGCUUCCCGGGGAAUCGGUCGCGGCAUCGCCUUGCAGCUCUGCCAAGCAGGUGCCACCGUGUACAUCACUGGCCGGCAUCUGGACACACUGCGGGCUGCUGCUGAGGAGGCGCAAUCCCGAGGGGGCAAGUGUGUGCCUGUGGUGUGUGAUUCAGGCCAGGAGAGUGAAGUGCGAAACCUAUUUGAGAAGGUUGAUCGAGAACAGAACGGACGUUUGGAUGUGCUGGUCAACAAUGCCUAUGCUGGGGUUCAGACAAUCAUAGACAACCGUAAGAAGGCAUUCUGGGAAAGCCCUGCCUCCAUGUGGGAUGAUGUCAACAAUGUUGGACUCAGAGGCCACUACUUGUGCUCAGUGUAUGGGGCUCGGCUGAUGGUACCAGCCGGCCGGGGGCUCAUCGUGGUCAUCUCCUCCAUUGGGGGGCUACAGUAUCUCUUCAAUGUUCCUUAUGGCGUGGGUAAAGCUGCGUGUGACAGGAUGGCUGCAGACUGUGCCCAGGAGCUGCGGCGCCACGGGGUCAGCUACGUGUCUCUCUGGCCAGGGUUGGUGCAGACAGAGCUGCUGAGGGAUCACUUGGAGAAGAGUGACACUGGCGAGGACCUCAUGUUUAAGCAGCUCAAAAUUCAUUUCUCAUCCGGGGAGACCACGGAAAUGAGUGGCAAAUGCGUGGUGGCUUUGGCAACAGACCCCGAUAUCCUGAGCCUGAGCGGGAAGGUGCUGCCAUCUUGUGACCUUGCUCGACGCUAUGGCCUUCGGGAUGUGGAUGGCCGCCCCAUCCAGGACUAUUUGUCUUUGAGUUCGGUUCUCUCCCAAGCCACCAGCCUGGGCUGGCUGGCCUCCUACUUGCCUGGCUUCCUCCGUAUGCCCAAGUGGAUUAUGACCCUCUACACAAGCAAGUUCUAAUCCUCCUGGCCUGAGGCCGCCACUCUGUCUUUUCAUUGGUUAUGGGCAGCUGAGCCCCGCUCAGUGGAACAGGCAGCCUUUCCCACCCACCAAGUGCCCCUGAUACAAAGAGAAGGCCUCUGUGUGUGUGUCCCCGGUGAGCCCUGGGGUCCCAUAGGUCCUUCUUUGUGCCUUGGUUUUCCUUGUCCCUACAUUUUACUUUUUGCUUAAGUUUUGAAAAAUGUUCUUGGUACUAAUAAAGUUCUCAUUUCUCCAACA